UGUGUAAAGCCUGAUGGUUCAAUUCAUUCUGGCCAAGAAUAACAGUGAGAGGAAAGAGAUGAAACAACCUACAAGCUGAACUGGACCCAGCUCACAGUUAAACCUAACACGGAACCAUCACUGACACAUUUAUAUAAAUACGAAGAUCCUGAUCUACAAUUUUGGGGGUAAUGAGCCGUCUGUCAGGUCGCCUACGCUCUGGAGGUGUUCGUUUGACUUGUGAGGCACUGGCUGACAAAGACUGCAGUGAUGAUGAGGGCCCCUCUUUAUGGGAGGGGGAUGAAGAGCCUGGGGACACAUCUGUAGGACCCACUGAUUCUAAUCCAGCCAGCUCACUACAUUACCGCUUUUAUUCACCUUCCUCUUUAGCUAAUGGUCUGCGGAACCAUGAAGAGCAACUUCGAUGUAAAGCCAGGAAACAUAGGCAGACAGAUUAUGUGGAGCAAAUACACACACAAGAACAAAUGCUCAUUCAGCAAAACACACAGCCACAGAUGCACACAACACAACACUCACUCACAAGCACACACCUGCAGCCUCAUACCCACAUUCCAUUGGAUACCCAUAUGUGGAUGGACACAAACAUGUUAACAAACAAGUGCACACAGAAAGGCAUGUGCACGCCUACAGACACUGGCUCCUCAGUUAUGGAGCUGGACCCUUCCCUUAUUCCAGAAGACUUGUCUUUACCUUCCAAGACUGACACACAUAAUAUACAUGUUCUGUCACCCCCUUUGUUACACACCACCCUAACCCCAAACAAUUUGACACCUCCUCAAUUCAACCCUUCCACUUUACUCAAGGAGGAGAGAGAACACAAUUUGACAUGUAAGCCAGAAAUGGAUCACACCAGCGACCUAGACCACAUUCGUAUAAUAGGUCAAGCCAGUGUAAUGACCUCUGUGGAGGCUGAAAGGAAGUAUACCCUGCGGAGCUCUGGUCGGCCACGUUUCCCCUGCCAUCUUCGUAAAUCAUCCCGUUUACGUAGAGCUGCUGAGGAAAAUAUGUUCAAAAGAGAAAUGGACCAAAAUGAUGAAGAAGAGGAGGAGAAUAGAGUUUGGAGAACAGAGGACAUAAGACCAAUGGAGGAACAUCCCCCAGAGGUGUGUGAUGCUGCUUCAUCAUUUGAGGUUUUAUCAUCAUCAACUAUACCAGCAGGUGUUACACCAAAUCAUAGCAUGAGAACAUCAGAAGGAGAGGGCAUUGUUACUCACCCCUCAGUAAGAGGGAGGCGACAGGGACGUUAUUUAGGUGUGAGGAAGAUUGUGGUAAAAGUAGCCAGAAUACCUGUUCACAUGAGCCGACGACAGAAAAGCUAUAAGAUCUCAUCCCUGGAGCCUGUGUGUACUGGACCCCGUGGGGAAGGGGCCACAACAGGUGAAGGGCCCGAGGGAGUUGUAGGAGGUGAGCCAGGACCUAAUGUUUCAAGAGAGCCCACCGCACUACUCCGCAUGAAGAACAAUGGAAAGAGUGUGAUGGUGAUGUUUCCGCCAGGAGAGCUUCCUGUAAUCUUGAAGAGACGCAGGGGACGCCCCCCUAAACAGGCAUUACCAGGACAACCUGACAUGCAUGAGACCAGAGUGGGUGCAGCCAGUGCUGCAGAGCCCAAAAAAAUUCGGAGGCGGCGAACAGUAAAGCUACCGUCUCCACAGCCCUCAUAUGUUAAUGAUACCAAUGAUGUUAAAGUAGAAUAUGCAGAUGUCCUCUCCAAACUGGCCUUCUUGAACAGACAACCACCCAGCACAGGCCGCUGCUCUCCUCCACGCUGCUGGACCCCAACAGAGCCUGAAACUUUCCACAUACCACCAGAAAAUCCAUCACUUUCCACUCUUUUGCACCGCCUCACAGGAUUCCGCAGGAGAGGUGGUCGGGCAGGCUGUAUGGGGAGUAGAGGAGGGGGAGCAGCUGGAUCCUCUGAUUCCUUUAAAAGGUCAUUCAGUGAUUUUUUUGAAACAAUUGGCAAGAAGCGGAAGGUCCCUGCAUCUGAACCAGGAACUCCUCGAAAAAGAGGCAAGGGUGUUGCUGGGGGAAUAAGUAGGGCAGCUUUAGGUGGCUCUGCACAAGGUGAGAAGGUUAGAAAACGCAGAUCACGAAAGAAUGGGACUUUAAAAAAUGGUCCAGGUGCUCAAGAGCAAGAUUGGCAAAAUGAGAACAGUAGCUGGAUAGGGAAAGGUGACAGAGAUAUUACUGAGAAAACAAGCAGUUAUCAGAGCUCUAGUUCCCCUCGUGGAAGUUUUCAAAGUAGUGAGGCUAGUAAGGGCGGGGUGUACCACAGCCCCGGUGUGAGAGGGGUAGGCAGUGGAGAAGAGUCUCAGGGAAUGUUUGCAGGUUAUUUUCGCUCUCUUCUUGAUUCUGAUGACUCAUCUGACCUGCUAGAUAUCUCUAUGUCCAGCCCUGCUGGGCGCCAGGAAGGUCGUAAGCUCACCCCAGGAUAUGAAGGUAGCAGCCCUGGUGCAGCCCAUCGUUGGUCUCCUGCCUUUCCCAAAAGAAGUCCUAAAGGAGCAGCCUGUCUUGGGGAAGGGGCACCAUUACCCUCACCCCAAACUCAAGGCAGCUCGACAACUAAACCCUCAUAUUCAUACAGUGUUUCACAGACUUCUCCUACCCCAUCCUUCCCUAAAUCCCCGGCACUCUUGCUUUCCCGUUCACCCAGCUCUCCACAUCCAUCUGGAGGUUUUCCUCAAUAUCCACCUAGUUAUAGUGCUGGGGUUCCUCAAGGAGGAAGCAUUUACCCCCUCCCUCAACUGCAGCAACAACAGCAAAGACCAAGUGACUGUAGCUUUACACAUGGCACAAAAACUCCCUCUGUUCCCAAUGCACAGUGUCAGAUGAGUUAUUCCAACUACCAGGGUUCUGCCAAGCGCAGUUAUAGUGGAUAUCCAUGCCCACCCCAUUCAACCAUACAGCGAGGGGACUCUGGCCCAACCUCACCAAGUGGAAGUUAUAUGUCAAUGUCAAAGUCUAGCCACUAUUCCUUAUCCUCUUCUCCGCCUGAGGGUUGCAGACAGUACACCUCUACAGCUCAGUGGGGAUACAGACAAGGGGGAAAUAACUGGGGUGGUGAUGCAUAUGUUACUCAUCAGUUUCAUGGUUACCCUGAAUAUGGGGUAGCUGGAACUGGAUUAGACUCCAAAGACAUUCUGGACAUCUCAAACUACACACCCCAAAAAGCCAAACCACGUCCUUGCCCUGACACACUCUCUGAAUCCUCCUCAGAUUCCUCUCACGCUGGUGGAGGAGGCAUGGGUGUUAUGGGGGGAACAUUUCGCCCAAGGGAUGUUCCUAUGCCUGAGGGUCAGUCUAGUCUUUCAAGCCUGGAGAAGCUAAUGCUUGACUGGAAUGAAAAUUCGGCAGGCCCUUCUUACAACUGGAGUCAGAAUGUACUAUUCCAAGGGGGUGCAAAACCAGGCCGUGGGCGAAGAAAAAAGUCUGAGGCACACAAUGAGAAGGAAGCAUGCUCUGUUCCCCCAGGAUCACCUGCCAGCCCUCCUAUGCAAGGGGGAGGGCCAAAACGUAGUGCUACAGGUGGGAGACAGCCGAGAGGAGCCAGAGGCAGGGGAGGAUUCUCUCCUUGUCAAAGAGAUCGUCCACCACCACCAAAAACCAAAUCUCAAAAGCCUUCAGCCCCAUCAGGGUCAGGACAGAUGGGUUCAGGGGGUGUAUACCAGGAAGCAUUGGACUACUAUAGUGGAGAUAGUAGUAGCCUGUCUCCUCUCAGCCAUGCCCCAGAGUCCUGUGAAUACCCCUCUCCAUAUUCUGUCCAUACUUCUACUCCCUCCUCAGAUGAGAGAUUUGCUCAUGUCUACCCUCCAGACUCUGCCUCUGUAUCCCCCAGUUUAUCAAAUCAGUCAGAUGCCCUAAAGCAGUACCCUAAACCUGGUCCUUCCUCCCAGACUUAUGGGCAUGCUGCCAGGACUUUUAGCCCAACCCUCUCGCCAACCCCUCGCCUCUUACCACAGUGUGGUUCUGCCAUGAGUCCGCAUCGGGUCCCAAAAGACCAGUUCUCCCAGUAUGAUUCCCCCAGUUACAGUGGCUCUCCCUGCUGGUUUGGGCAAGGAGGAAAUGUUGCUGGCAGUCCCCAAAACUAUGAGGAACAGCGACCAUCAGCAAUCUCUUUGCCCUCCCACAAACGGGACAUGUCAUUAAUGGUCUCUGGGAUGAGAGUUCCAUCCCAUUCAUCCUACCCUUCCCCUUUACAAAGAGGUCCUUCCAUGUCAACUUCAUGUGUGAGUGGAACUCUGGACUCUUCCCCACAGCACGAAGAGAUGGGUUACCAUGGUAACUUGGACAGCUAUGCACCCAUUGGACACCGUUAUGCAGCCCAAACAGCCCGGGGAGGGGUACUUUGCCAGCUUCUUGACCAGCCCAGUGAAGAAGGCUUCACUGUCACCAGCCUGUAGUUGGGAUUAUCUUGGCAUCCCUAAAGAGGUAAGACAUUAAUUAUGGGACAUAGCUCAGAUGACUGCAGUAUGAAAAGUAGAUACUUAAAUGCUGCCAUAAACUAUAUUUAUGUGGUAACGUAAGUUUUUGUCAGUAUGUAUUGAUACUUAUGCUAACCCUCAUUUGACUAUUCUUUUUUUCUUGACAGAUGAAAUGGACAGUACCCUUUUCAUAUUUUUAAUCUUUUUUUAAAGAUAAGCUUUGGAAGACACUUACUGAGACUGAAGAGUUUCAGAGAUAUGGCUAAAUAAAGACUUCUCCAGCAGUGACAAUCAAGAUCCAAACCCAUCCACAUGGACACACACAGAAACACAUGCACGAACGCAAACAUACAAUGUGAUCACAAAACAUUCACAUACUUGCGUAUACUUUUCAUAUGCUGACUUGCAACUGUAAAUGCACACACAAAAUAACUAAUAUUGCUAUACAGCUUGAGCUAGGGACUUAUUAUAGAAAGAAUGGACACUGCUAGUUUCACGAAGAAACCAAUUUGAUGAAAUGCAGGAAACUCCCUUUCAGAGUGCAACUGUGCAAAUGUGAUUCACCCAUACCCACAUUUCAGUGAUGCCCAAAAACUAAACUAAUGUGAGAGACCACACAAAAGGUUUUUUGUCUACAUCCUGGUCCCUGUUUUAGUCUCAAAGCCUCCUCUGAUUUUGUCGCUGGGGAGAUUACUUAAUCCUAAAUUUCUGUUCUCUCCUUCAGCAUCUAUAAAUGGUGACUGCACAAACUCUGCCCUCUUCUUACUUUUAAGUUAAACAUUUAAAAAAACAGCAUUUGUACAUAAGCUACUCAAAUGGUUCCAUCACUUGAGGAGCUCACUGCUUUGAAAACAACUGAAUCUCAGAGUCCUGCUGAAAGAGACAUACAUUAAAGCAGCAAUGUCAUGACAGUGUUUUGGAACUGCUGGAAGGACACAUGAGGGAAAUACCAAUUUUAUGUGGCUUUAAAUUGUUCAGCUUGAGUUUGUGCAAGUACAGUUUAAGUAAUCUUUUUUAUCAGUGGCCUGGUCUGGUCCCACAGGAAUGUGUCAAAAUUUGAUCCCUUCAACCGUCGCUCUGGAUCUGCAACAUGGUCACUUUGUGCCCAAUAUCCAACUCUCAUUUGUGUGUUUUUAUCACAACAGGAGGACAGACACCCAUGCACUGCCCCUGAAUGAUUCUGUCCUUGUCAACAUGUUAAGAGGCCAGGGCACUUUUCACCCUGGAUUUGAUGGCCUGGAACUCAGGGUGUGGACAAUGCAUAUUCGCCUCCUCUUUUUCUUUCAUCCCUCUGUUCGUAUUUCUUGUGGUCUGCUGUGUCGUACAGUGAUUUUUUGUGAUGAAAUAUUGUAUCUGUCUAUUCCAUAUACUGUAUCUGAGGUGGAAAUAUUUAAAUACACAUUCUGUUCUGAUCAUUGAUUAA